AUGCCACAAGUAGACGUUUUGUAUAAUGCCCUUCAAAAGGCUAAAACGGAUCCUUUGGAAAUCAAUAAAAAUGUGACAGAUUUCGAAAGAUACAUGAAUUCAGUUAGAAAUUCAAUAGAUGAUACCAUUGACCAAGGUUCUAGUUUAUGCGUUGAACCAUUACCAACUAAAAGGUUACGGAAGGAUAACAGUCCAGUAGAUCAUCGGAGAGCAUCUAUCGAAAAAGAACAAGAAAGAUUACAAAAACUGAUGCAAGAAAUGUUAUUUGACGACGAGAAUUCGCUUUUUGGAGAUCUAUACUUAUCGGACCACUAUUCUAUGAAAGGUUCCGAAAGCAGUCACAGUGACUCGUCUUUUGAAAAUGUGAAAAAACCCAAACGCCAGAGUGUUAGAGCUGGCAGGAUAUCAGCUGAAGGGGAAGGGUAUUUUGGCACUGUUUACAAGGCUCUACAUAAAUACGAGAACAAGAACUACGCCGUAAAAAAGUUAAAAUCCGCUCAAGUUUCUGAUGCUAAGAAGUUAAAAAAAAUAAGAAAUUUUGAAAAAGUGGGAUACCACCCACUCAUAGUUAAAUACAUCAUGGAAUGGGAGGAAGAAGCUGAAAUAUACCUCAUGAUGCAGUUAUCCCAGACGAGUCUGGCUAGCUUUUAA